CGAAAGAUGACCACAACUUCCAAUGCCGAGAUUCAUCUUCCGGAGCUACAAAAGUCCCCCCAUAUCAAAAAUGUAUUCUGCAACCCCUCUUUACCUUCUAACACCUAGAGCGAUACAUAAUCAUUCUCAUUGUCGGACACAACACCACAACUUUCGAACCCGCAACGUACACAAAUCGAUAUGGUAGCUCAAAUGCACGCGCGAAAAGCAACUACGGAUUUAUCGGAGGGAGCACGUGCGACCAUAACCUCAACCAUCGAUAACGCUGACGCCGAGCUGUUCAAAAUCAACAGAGCUCUCCACGAAAACCCAGAGCUGGGUUACGAAGAGCAUUUUGCGCAUCAGACUAUCACGUCUUAUCUGUCGUCCCUCGGCUACAGUGUCAAGAAGCAUGCAUAUGGAUUUGACACCAGUUUCGAAGUGGAGUAUGGGUCAGGUGGCCGUCUUGUCAUCAUAUGUGCAGAGUACGAUGCACUUCCGGGUAUUGGUCACUCGUGCGGUCACAAUUUGAUCGCGACUUCUUCAAUUGCCACUUUCAUCGCUGCUGCAGAAGCAAUGAAAAAGCACAACAUCAAAGGGCGACUACGUAUACUUGGUACCCCGGCUGAAGAGGGCGGAGGCGGCAAAGCAAAGCUGAUCGAUGCUGGCGCAUUUCCCAAAGACACAUCUGCAGCUAUCAUGGCGCACCCGUUAGCAGCGCACCAGGUUUUCAAUACGCCUGGCUACUAUCAAGGCCUUGCUGGACUGAAACUGAUCGCGAGUCACAAGUUCAGAAUCGAGUUCCGUGGCAAGCCAGCACAUGCCGGAGGGGAGCCAUGGAAUGGAGUAAACGCUCUGGAUGCGGCUGUCUCAGCCUAUGCAAACGUAGGUCUGCUAAGGCAGCAGAUGGAGCCAGAUGAACGAGUGCACGGAGUUAUUGAAGCUGGAGGCACCGUGCCAAACGUCAUCACUGAGUACACGCGGAUGAACUGGAACGUCCGCAGUCCUACUAUAGAGCGAGCAGACAAGCUGCUUGCUCGUGUCAAGAACUGUUUCGAAGCAGCAGCUCUGGCCUCAGGCUGCAAAUUGGAGUAUAUCUACUCCCCGACAUAUCUCAAUCUUCGCGCAAACAGAACAUUAUGCGAGCUGUAUGCUCAAGACAUGGACACGCUUGGUACAAAAAUCCAAGUCAACCAGGAAAGAAUGAUGAAUGCUUCGACAGAUAUGGGUAACGUGUCUCACAUCAUCCCGAGCUUUCACGGCGCUUUCGUGAUCCCAGCUGGAAACGACGUUUCAGCACACAAUCCUGCAUUUGCAGCGUGUGCAGGUACAGAUGAGGGCCACAAGGCAGCGUUGAACUGUGCAAAGGGCAUGGCAAUGUUGGCUCUGAGAGUACUGGUGGAUGAAAAUGUCGCCAGGAGGGCGAAGGAAGAUUUUGAACUGGAUGAUGAGUAGUCAUAUGUUGUAGCUAUGCUCUUGCUGUAGGAUGAUGUGCGUGCAUGCCGUGUUUGCAAGCGAAUACAUUGCGUUUAGGAUGAAUUCUCGCGUUCUGGGGGCAUUUGAUGAUCGAUGACGUCACAGACGCGUCUCAUCGGCCGCGCUUUUGAGUCGUGUUUUGCUUACCAGCCAC